AUGGCAGAAGCCCCUACUCAAACUUCUGGUCCUAGACGAUCAUCGGGUGUCGCUUUGCCGAACGCCCGACCGCGCGACAACGGCGACGACUUGGAUCCCCGCGAAGCGCUCGAGCUCCAACAGAUCCAAACGCGCGAGGACAACGAGCUGAUCUACUCAACGCCGUCUGAUUCAUCCGGUGAUGAAUAUCGCGUUGUGACGCGUCACACCACACCACGCGCUGUUUCAUCGCGUGCUGAAGCCCAGCACCGCCAACACGUUCGAAAUGGGACCUGGGACAAGCUCACUCAACUUUGGACACAUAAUGUUACUCUGACGGUGCCACAUAAGAGUAGUCGGGAUUACUUCGCUUUGGAGAGAACAUUCCUCGCGUAUAUCCGGACCUCCCUCGUCGUUGCGCAGCAAGGCGUGCUGAUUGCCCAGCUGUUCCGUCUGGAGGCAACAGAAGCGUUGGCGGACCGUCUUGGGUUUGCUCAGGUCGGUACACCCCUCUCGGUCGCGUGUCACUGUGUGGCCAUUCUUGUCGCUUUGGUUGGGGCGUAUCGAUUCUGGGGGCAACAGAGUGCAAUUUCUAGGGAUAGGAUCUAUGCUGGAGGUUGGGAAUUGAAUUCUGUGGGAAUAUUACUGGGUUGUGUGAGUGUGGUACAAAUGCUUUUUGGCUUUGAAGUUGUCACUGACGCUGGCCAGAUCACUCUAACGGUGUUGAUUGUGUCCGUUGCCAUCAUGGUCGAGAUUGAUCGUAUAGACACGUGGGUAUUCUUUCAACGAAUAUUGGAUGGGUGA